CUUCUGCUGAUAGCGUCCAUUGUCUACCACCAUGUCUUGUGAAAGCAGUGAUCAUGUAGCACCACCACCAGAACUCAAUUUCACUCUCGUAACACAGAGGGAAAUUAACAGCACACCACAUGACUGGUCAAGUGACGAGAUUAAGUCGCAACUACCAACAGAUAUUCUGCUAAUAACAGCAAAUGAUCAUGAAUUCAAUGCUUGCUAUUCAUAUAUGAAAGAUGUUCUACGAGGUUAUUCUACGAAACUAGGAAUGGUAGAUUUUGGUCAGUUCGGUGAUCAAAGUAAUGAGAAUGUGAAGGUAGCGCUGAUAAAAUGUGCACAGGGAUCGAGCAAAGCUCAGACAGCUGUCACAAAUUCUGCUGGGAUAUUAUACCCCAAAGUCGUUCUUUUCGUCGGGCUGUGUGCAACUAUGAAACCGGCGAAGGCAAAACUUGGUGAUGUCGUGAUUUCCGCCAAAUUGGCGACUUAUGAUGAUAAGAAAGUCAUGGCAGAUGGCAGAUAUCAGUAUCGUGGCAUUAGAGUGAACGUUAGUAAAAAUAUGGCAGAUCUAAUUCUACAUGCAGCUGAUGGUUGGGAACCACCACUAAAAGUCCAAAGUAGUUUAAAAGUUGAAGUUCAUCGAGACGCUGUGAUGUUGAGUGGCCCGGAGUUAGUCGACUAUCGUGAAAGACGAGAAGAAUUACUGAAUUCUUUUCCCGAUGCACUUGGUCUUGAAAUGGAGGGUAAAGGUAAGUAGGAACAUCCUACAUCAUUCGCCUAUAAAGCUAUAACGUUUUAAACCGGUUCAUAGAUUUGUCAAUUAUUAAAUGGAAUUCUAUAAAACAAAGGCCAGUUCCCCUUAUUACAUAUUCUGAAUACAACUACCAUGAUACUUUGCGGGUAUUUUCUUCAUUAUGCAAUAAGAUCCAAUAACACGUCCGAAAAGCAUGCUGGUAGUUGUAUUCAGAAUACGCAAUAAGGGGAACCGGCUAUUACGUCCACGUGUUCAUGAGUAUUCAUCUAUAUAUGUGUUUAAAUUACAGGUCUAUACGAAGCGGCGUAUAACCUCAGUAUUGAAUGUGCUGUUAUUAAGGCAGUGUCAGAUUUCGCAGAUGGAAGUAAAGAGAGAACAAAACUUUGGCAGCCAUUUUCUAGUGCAAUAGCGGCAUCUGUUGUAUACAAUAUGUUCAAACACCCCGUUGUAUUACGACAAUGGCCUCGCCACGAAGAGAUGGAAGACCCAAAAGGUAAUAGACGUUACUGGACCAGAAUAAAACACGAAUUAUUCUCAAGGCAGUUUAUAAUUGCGUGCCUAUUUAUAUUUGUCUCAUAUAGUUAACCCCGAAAAACUUGACAUUGAAACUGGACAUGUAAGUAUCAGUACAAUUAGAUUUUAAGACUCGCUACCAAUCCCCGUCGACAGCUCAAUGGGGAGAGCGGUGGGCUAGAAACCCGAAUACACGAGUUUGAAUCCCGCUCAAGACAACGAAUUUUUCGUUCUACAGUGUCAGAAUACAUGUGAAACUAGUUUUUCGCAUCUUUUAGUAAGAGAGCUUAGAUUAUUAUGAUCAAAAUCAUAAAACAGUAGCAAAAAAGGGAAAAAAUUAAUUACGUAAAACGUAUGUAUAUGUAUGCACAUAUGCACAUAUGUAUGCAUACUUCUGUUGAAAGAGUUCAUUGUCUACCCGAUGUCUUGCGAAAGCAGUGAUCACCUAGCACCACAAGAACUCAAUUUCACUCACGCUAUGCAUUGAACUCCACGUGACGUCGUUUAUAUCAUCAUGUCUUGUGAAGGUAUAGCACCACCACAAGAACUCAAUUUCACUCACGCUAUGCAUUGAACUCCACGUGACGUCGUUUAUACCAUCAUGUCUUGUGAAGGUGUAGCACCACCACCAGAACUCAAUUUCACACUCCCGAUAGCGAGUGAUUUUGAUAAUAAACCAUAUGACUGUUCAAGCAAUGAAAUUCAGUCACAACUACCGACACAUAUUCUGCUAAUAACAGCAAAUGAUCAUGAAUUCAAUGCUUGCUAUUCAUAUAUGAAGCAUAUGGCCUUAUAUGCAUGAAGCUACCCAUACAUGAAGCACGUUUCUCGUAUCUCUUAUAUAUAGGCCCCGAUUACACUAUACCGGAUUGCAUCGAAGCGACGCGAUUUCUGUACCGGAUUGGCCUCUUGUUUACACUACGCCACUGUAAUCCGGUACGUGCCGCGGCGCGAAAAUCACUUCGCUUUGGAGGUGAUAUGAAAAGUAAUCCGGUACGUGCUGUACCGGAUAAAACCAAGUGUAAUCAGGCAAUCCGGUACGCUCCGGUACUAUAAAUAGGUUUCGGCAAGUAUAUUUUAACAUUGUCGUUUUAUUUACUCGCUUUUAAAUAUUUUAUAGCUGUUGUUUGCUUCGCUUUACAAUUAUUUAUUAUUUCUAGCGAAGACAAAUAAAGAUAGCGGUAAUAACAUUGACUUCUUGCUUUCAAAAGGGCAAAAUUUAAUGAAAUACUCGUCAAUUUUCGAUAAGAGCAAGACAAAGCAACGUCGGGUGGUCAAGCUUUGUAAACAAAGUUAUAAUUCACAAGUACUGUCGAGAAAACGUCCAAAAUGGUCAAAACUUAUUAUUUGUUUCCGUGGCAACGAUAAAAGAUACGAGCUGGCGACAGAGCGAAGCGGCAUAGUGUAAACACCCUUGAUUUUGGCUUCGGUGUGAAAAUUGAUCCGGUAUGAAAAUCAAUCCGGUAUAGUGUAAUCCCAGCCAUAGUAAGAUCAUGAAAUCAUCUUUAAUCAUCUUGCUUCUUUCCUUCACUGAAUUCUGUCUGCCUUGCUCCCCUUCCUCCAUUUCUAACGUCUAUUCUCUUGGCUUAUAUUUCAGAAAAUGCAUAAUUGCCGCACAAUUAAGUACUCAACCACAACGCGAAAUUUGGUUGCAAAACCUAAAGAUUACGAUGCGAAAGUGGAAGAUGUUGCAACUGGUGAAACGGCAGAGCGGACACAUUGUUCCACCAAAGAAGUUGCGAUGGACGGAGCAAUCGAAGACUUAUUCAAGCAACUCAGGGAGAAAAAAUUUAUAUAA